AUGGGCACCGGCCUCGGACCAGCCUGGUUCUCGCAAGAGUUCCCAGGUCUGGCGGCACGCCGGGAACCGUUUCCAGAUGUGGACAGAUGGCAAACAACAUACGUGCGUUAUUCAUCUUCCGAGACUGCCCAAGCCCGGGGCUGGAAUGCCGAAUGUUGUCGCCGCAACUUGCACAGCCUGGGCGUCAACGACCACCCCAUACUGCGGCAACACAACCUACCUGAUGCUAUUAAUAUGCGCAUCAUUGAGGCGCCAGCUGAGUUUGCGCUUCCGGUCAAGCAGGACAGGCGCCUUCUUCCCUGCUUUAAAGUCCGACUGGAGGUGCAGCACCACGGUGCUUUGUGGCUUCCGGUCACACUGCGCGCGCACGUCCUUUCGCAGCAGGACAAGGAGCAGAUCACCUCCUGGCUGCCGCCCGAUGAUAUUAACGGUCGAGAUGACAAGGUACAGGCCGCCGCCAACGGUGAGACGCGGGCUGUAGGCAUCGGCGGCAAGGACGGCCAGAGCUUGCCUCAGAGCGCAAAUGGCGGCUCCACGGCUCUGGUGUACAGCAGCUCCCUGCGGAGCACCGACCGCCUCUCAGUGAAACUCGAGCCAUCCUCAUUCAGUUUCUCCGGUGACGCAGCCGGCGGCGGUGCUGGUGGCGGCGGCGCUGGUGGCGUCAGCAGCAGCUUCAACCCCGACGGGCUUGGCGGCAACAGCAGCGCCGGUGUCCGCACCCUCUCCGGCCUGCAACCCGACCAACACAACGUACUGGAGCCGUACGGCUUGAUGGAAUCCGCGGGUCUAACGGUCAACGGUAUGAUUCGGGACAUGGGACCGGCGGGAAGGCAGCACGGACUCACAAGCGGCGGCAGCGCUGCCGCCGCUGGCCGUGACCCCAUCGGACCUCUGAACAGCCUCUUUGCGGCGAACCGGCCCGACCCGGUUGUCACGUUGGCCUCCAGUGGUCGCAUGAGCUCUACUGGCAAUGGGCUGGCAAUGGCCGGCAAUGGCGCGCGGCUGGGUACGGGUGAACCGCGGGACUCCUUUGAUGUUACCGUGGAGAUGCUGAUGCAGCAGCAGCAGCCGCUGCAGUACCCCCUGCAGCGCCGGUCUUCGCCGAUUCACGGGGGCGGGGCGCUGGAGGCGCCGGCUGCUCCAGCCGGCGGCAUCGGCGGGCAGUUGAUUCACGAAAUGCAACGGCAGCUGCAGCAGCGGCAGGAAGAGCAGAGCCAGCGUCAGCAGCAUGAGAGAACCUCUGGCAAUGCGGAUGGCUGUGGCAGUGACACAGCCAGUGUUGUUCUACAAGGAGGUAGUAACAUUAUAGCGGCGGUGCAGGACUUUGAGUUCACCAAUUUGGAGUUCCUCAAGCCGACCCGCAUGAACAAGGUCUACAUAGCCUUCACCGCCUCCAUUCUGGACACCGACUUGCUGUUCGUUGUGUUCAAUGUACCCACCAUCGGCAUCUGUCGCGCCGAGCAACGUGAAAAGGCCUGCAAGAAGCUGCACAUCGACUAUCGGCUUCUGUCGCACUUUGACCAGGGCGCCGGCGACCGCCUGGACCGCGACCGUCUGGACGUGAUGGCGGCGGUGGGCGGCGGCCAUAACGGCAGCGGCGGCACGGCAUCGUCGCCCUUCCUCACCUCCAGCGACGGUGGCCUCAGGGGACAGACGCUGGAGUCCAACCCGUUGCCGCCGGCGCAGGGGGGCCGGUACGCGCCGCCACCAGCCCCGGGAAGGAUGCCCGUGCAGGCAGGCAAGGGACCACCGCAGACGCAGCAGCUAUCACCGCUGCAGCAGCAACAGCAGCAGCAACAUCACCAACAUCACCACUCUGGCAGUAUGGGACAGGAGUUGCAGGGCUUUCCUGCAGGACAGCAGCUGCAGCAGCAGCAGCCGUGUCCGAGUCCUUCGCCACCAUCUGGAGUGUCGGUUGGGCUGUCCCUGGGGCCCGGAGGCGGCGGCAGCGGCGGCAUCAUGAAAUUCGGCGUGAUGCCUACGCGGCAUAGCUCCGACAGGUUGCCUGGGCAGCAUCUCUCAACGGAAAGCGACUAUCCUCGCAUGCCUUCAGGCCUGGACCUGCACCCCAACUCGCAGCAGCAACAGCAACAGCACCCACAGCAGCAGCAGCGAUUGGUUGAGGUCUGCGUGGGGAUGGUGGGUGGGCCAGGGCUGCAAGCUGGUGGGAUGGGCAAUGUCGGAGGCGGCGGCGGCGGCUUUCCGGGCCCGCAGGGCAUGUUGGGGGUUGGUGGCAGCGGGAGCUUAACCGGGGGGUUCCUGUCCCCGCACCCUUCUCUGUCCGGCCCCGCCGGCAUGAUGCCCAGCGGCGGUGUCAUGGAUCUGAACGGAAUGGCAGGGAAUGGUGGUGCCGGCGGCGGCGGCGGCGGCCCCAUGGCAGGGAGCAGCGGCGGCACGCUUGGUGGCAGGAUGAUGCCUGGCAACAUGACUUUUGGCAUGGGCCACGGCGGCGGGAUGGCCUGUGAUUUGCGGGGCACGGGCGGUCCCGACUUCUUCUUUGGUGCCAGCGGCAUCAGCGGCGGCGGUGGCGGCUUGGGUUCUGGCAUGAGCGGUGGCGGCGCCGCCAUGUCUGCUGGCGGCGGCAACGGCCUCCCGAUGAACGGCGGGAUGAGCGGCAUGGGCCCCGGCGGCUUCGGCCCUGCGGCCCAUGGUGGUAUCGAGCUGAACAUGCUGUGCAUGGGCAACAACAGCCGCAAGCGCGAUCAGGGCCCGAAGGACGACGACAACUACCGCUUCCAGCCGGUGCAGCCCCAUGAGCUACCACCGUACCAGGGCUUCAUGGGCCUUACGUCGAGUGACGUGGACAUGCUGCUGCCCGCCCCUCACUCCCGGAUGGCCAUGCGGGACUUCAUCAAUGAGGUGUACGACAGUACGGGCCUGCACCGCCGGCUGACCCACAUGGAUAUGCAGGCGCUACUCUCCCAAGCGGGCUUCCCCAUGGACUCCAACAGAGAGCAUGAUACCAUAUCGCCGCAGCAGUGGGACGAGUUCUCCAGCCAGUUCCGCUCCAUCGUCAACACGCUGCAGCAGGUGGCCAGCGUAUGGACUCUCGAGGACCCGGUGGUCAUCAGCGGCUUCGACAUGGAUCGCGCCGGCACCAUCACGGCGCUGGCUAACGAGCCGGCUGGCACCUUCAUCUGCCGCUUCAGCAUGUCGCAGCCGGGCUGCCUGGUACUCACCUGCAAGGUCGGCACCGCACACCCCAAGGCGGAUGCAAUGGGACUCAUCCACGCAAUCAUUAAGAUUGACGACUUGCACGAACGUCGCGUGGACACGUGGAUUCGCGACUACGCGGGUGCAACGCACCUGCUGGAUGUGUACCGCCAAAAGCGUGUGGAUAAGCGCAAAGUGUUCGCCACCAACUAUACUCGCCUACGGGGCCUGGAUGUCGGGGACGAGCAGUCAUCGCAAGCCCGACUGGGACAGGGCUUCAUGUGA